AUGGUGGCGAGUCCGAGAGCCGAGGCCAGACCUGAAGAUUGGACGGCUGCCUUAGAAGAAAUUCUCGAGGAGAUCCGCCUGUCGAUCUUCAAGGACUCUGCAACCGACCUGCUUGAUGGCGACCCGCGGCUGCAGACCAUCUUCGAGCGUUUCUCGGAGAAGCUGACGGAACCACCUGGCGAGGGUGGCAAGGAGCUCUCCGAGGCCAAGCUUGCACAAAGGCGCGCGGCGACGCUGCAGCUAGCGUUCAAAAUUAGAAAGGCAAAUGUAGCCCUGUGCGGUUUUUGA